AUGACUAUAAACAUGCACGCCCAGGGCAGGCUCGAAAACUGCCGCACUCGCUUAUUUUCUCCACUCGAAGCCAAUCAGAACUAUCAAUCUCCAUCAGGAAUGGAUCUCCAGCUGUUCUUGUUCCUGAUGAGUAUUCAGGAACACUAUUACUUUGUACUUGCAUGUAUUGGCAUUCCAGCAAAUUUUGUGACUAUUAUAAUCCUGUGUCGAGGCAAUUGUGGGCUUUCCAAUUCAGUAACUCUGUAUCUGGUAGCCAUGGCUCUCUCGGAUCUUCUCGUUCUCGCAUUCUGCGUGAUUUUUGGUCAACUGGCGUAUUACCACGUGAAGUCUUUGAUCUAUUUUCUUACCCAAGUGUGUGCCUUCAACAAGUUCCUGAUGUCUGCUUUCAUGGACUGCUCUGUCUGGUCCACUGUUGUUUUCACGUUUGAUCGCUUUGUCGCCAUAUGCCACCAGGGGUUCAAACCGAAAUAUUGCACAUGGAGGACGGCAGUCAACGUCCUUGCUACCAUCUGGGUGGUGAGCAUCUUGAGGAGUAUUCCAGAAUACUUCAAAUACGAGCCCAUCGUCGCUAUAGAUGGACAAGGGAGAGGCUGUAGGGAACGAUUGGUCUUUGGACAUUUAUUGGAAUGGUCCAUCUACGACUGGCUGAACCACUUUCUCACACCACUCUUUCCAUAUCUCCUCAUACUCCUCCUCAACUGUCUCACCGUCAAACACAUCCUGCUCGCUAGCUUGGCCCGAAGAAGACUCGUACACCAGGCCAGCGCUGCCAGCAGUGAUGAGGAGAUGAAAAGCCGAAGGAAAUCAAUUGUUUUACUCUUCGCCAUAUCAGCUGCGUUCAUACUGCUGUGGCUACCCACUGUCAUCUACUUCAUCUUGGACCGAGUUGCUAAUCUUUACUACAACCCGGCUAACUUCACCCACCCGUUAGCGAUUUUCUACCAGUGUAGCAUCAUGUUGAAGCUGUUGAGUUCCUGUGUUAAUACUUUCAUCUAUGCUCUGACCCAGACUAGGUUUCGGAAGGAGCUAUGGAACGGGCUGACCUUUCCUUUUACCCUGUUGGUUCGCGUAUCUAAGAUGGCGAAGGGAUCGGGCUAA